AUGUUUACCACGAAUAAAUACAAAUAUAAGACUAUUAAUGCAUUUCAUUAUUGUAAUACUUCCUUACUCUCUAAUUCUAACAAACCUACUAGAAUUUCUUCAUACAUUCCAAUUACUCCUUCACCGUUGAAUCCACCUUUGAAACUCGAAAAAUAUUAUCUGAUUUCAGAUAUCAAACAUGAUGUUCGUAUUCAUGUGGGUGAACGUCCCAACACAAUAACAUUCAACGCUCACUCCAAUAUGCUCAAAAGUCGUUCAAAAUAUUUUAAAAUCGCUUUAUCUGAUGAUUGGAUGCGUAAAAAAGAUGGUUGGAUUAUAUUGAACUUACCUAAUAUUUCUCCAGAAGUAUUUAAUUUCAUUUUAAAUUAUUUCUAUACUGGUAGAUUAACUUUCGACGAUGCUCCAAUUGAUGGUAAAAGUUGUUUAAAACGUAUAAUUGCCGCUGACGAAUUAUGUUUGGAUCAAUUAUUGGCUCAUGAGCAAUCAUUCUUAAUCACUCAUCGUUCGGAAUGGAUUCGUCAAAAUUUUUUAACCGUAUAUAAACUUACAAUUACUUUACCAGCUCUUGAAUCUUUAAAAAAUUUUUGUAUGAUAUUACUUUAUCAAGAACCAAAAUUACUUAUGAAUGAUAUUCAUUAUUUAGAUGAAAGAACUUUAUUAUUGAUGUUGAAAAACGAAAAUCUCCAAUUAGAUGAAAUAGAAAUUUGGGAAAAUUUAAUACGAUGGGGAAUUAAUCAAAUUCCUAUGUUGAAAUAUCGUAAACCACGUGAUUGGACAAAAGAUGAAUGGGAUCAAUUAAGUAAUACGAUAGCAAUGUUUUUGCAAUUUAUUAGAUUUGAACAUAUUUCCAAAGAUGAUUUCUUGAAUAGGAAUAAUGAAAUUUAUUCAAGAUUGUUACCAUCUGAAUUUAAAACAAAAUUUCAGGAGAUUGAAUAUUCAGAUAAUACUGAAUAUAUUUAUAAAAUAAUUAACAAUAAACAUAAUAAAGACAAUAGUUCUGAUUCUUCAACAUUUGUGAAUAAGGAAAAUGAAGAUAUUUAUCAUUCCAAAGAGAUUUCAUCAUCUUCAACAGUUUUUGAGAGAAAUUAUGUACGACAAGUUGGUCGUGAAUCUACUAUUUCACAAAAAUCAACAUAUACAUCUUAUUCUAUUAUUCCAUACACCUCCAAACGUACCCAAUUUAUUGAUUCCAAAAUUAUUAAUAUUUCACAUAUUGGUCAAAUUUCAAAUUGGAUUAAAGGUCAUCCAUCAACGGGAAGUAAAGACGGUUUUUCCACUGAUAUAUUUCAUAAAUGGUGUGAUAAUUAUGGUUCACCUACUUUAAUUAUCAUAAAACUCAAGAAUUCCAAUGAAAUUAUAGGUGGUUAUAAUCAUUUUAACUGGAAAUCACCUUGGUUAUUUCCUACUACUCAACAUGAUAAAUAUGCUUUUAUAUUUUCAUUAUGUCCUUGGUUUGGUAAAAGUGAUUUACAAUUUCAAAAUAAUCGAAUAUGUUCAUGCAAACCUCAUGAUUAUGAUGGGUCAAUUAUAGCUGAAAGUGGAUCUUUUGAAAUUGAAGAUUAUGAAGUAUUUGGUGUGGGUUUUGCUUAA